AUGUCCCUUACACCUGAAAACCUACACGCCAACACUGCCGGUCUCAUAUUAGCCGCAAAGUCUACGUUUUACUUCGACAACCUGGGCGGUCCAAUCGGGGAUCUGAAUUCCAGGGUCGGCCAGGGUUUCUUCGUGAUUUGUGGUGCACCCAAGCUUUUCUACGCCGACACACUUAUGCUCCCCAUGUCAGCCGGGGGCGAUUUGACAGACAUCUACCUGUGGUCAGCCUUUCUCAACCCAGACAGCUACAGCCUUGGACAAGACCAUCUGCGAAGAGGCAUCACAUGGUGCAACGAUGUGGACUGCGCGACAAUGCGGGGAAGAAUCCCUUGGGAGGUGCUCGCUGGACGCCUAGAUCUGAGUUUGGAUGAUCUCACCCGCUGUAACUUCUGGGGUGACUUUGAGAACCCCGGUCCUCGAGAACAGGUGCCUGUCCAGGAUCAGCAGGAGUUGGAACACCUGUUUGACGGAAGCGUUGCACGUAGAUGGCAGUACUAUGCGGAGUACACUGCUCUCAAGAACAAGUUGGCCGAAGCAUAUGCUGAGUGGAUAAACUCUGAGAAGUUUUUGUCCCGGAUGAAGGAGGUGGAAGACCUGGUGAAGGAGCAUCAACAAAUCUCGAGCGACGAGUCAGCCACCCUGAAGAAGGAACUGGACACAGUCAAGAGUGAGUGUCCAUCUCUGCGAGACGACUUCAAGAAGUCGGAGGAAACUAUUUCUUCCCGGAUCGCGCAGUUGGAAAACCUGGUCAAGGAGAACACGGAAAAGUCGGACUCUGACUCGGCCACCUUGACGAAGGAUAUGGGCACGGUCAAGGAGGAGUGUCGGUCUUUGCGAGAGAACAACAAGUCCCUCCAAUUUCUCAACAAGCGGUUCGACUGUCUCGAGCAGCGGGUUUACCGAUGCGAAUCUAAGCCCCCCGCAGUUGAGCCCGAAUCCCAGAACGAAACACCUCGCGACGCACCGGCGACAGAGAGUGAUGGUUCGGGUGAGGAGCUGGAGUCACCCAAGAAGUAA